UUGUUGAUGCGCUUGAUUCAUUCACAAACUACUAACGCACAGCAGUGGAGCUUGCGACGAGCACAGCAUAAUUUGGCAGACUGGUCUACCUGUCAAGAGGAGAAAGAAAAAAAGAUGUGUAAAUAUUUUUUCGCUGCUUUGUUUCGAAAGAGAAAAGCUUCGGUCGCCGUCGCGGUUUAUGCAGUGUGUUUAGUUAUACAACAUUGAUAUAAGCAUACAGGCUCGAUUUAAUUACAAAUCCUCAACAGAAUUGCUCGAUUGCUUUAAUUAGUAAAGUGUGCCAAAUUCGCGAUUAGCUGUACGAAGCGCCCAGCCGGUGUGACUUUUUCGAGAGUGAAAUUUAAUUUAUUGAAAGUUACGUUCUUUCGAAACGGCGAUUGCCUAAAAUCUCGAGAAUUUUUAUAUCGCAAAUAGUGUUUCAUUCGGUGAUUUAAAAUGUGUUGACUAGGUGAAGAAAAGUUUCGGUCAAAUAAUCAUCGUGUGAUAUUUAUAUCGCUUAAAGUAUUGCAACAGGAUACCAGGAAUGCUGGUGAGGAUGUUCUAUUCGUCUUGCCGCAAUAUGACCCGAGCAAAGAAUUUUGCUUUGCUGGUGUUAUGUCUGCUAAUAGCUGGUAUUUUAGUAUUUAAUACCUCCUCCGUCUCUUCGGACGAUACAAAUAAAGAAUACUCAAUGGUUCCGGAAAACGACACCAUGGUGGUGUGCUUCGAAAGUUUCGCAGAUACCCGCAGACAGAUGUUCUACGGCAUCGAAAGCGAGAAUAUUUUGAAUUCGGGUCCGGAAUCCAUCAUCUAUUUCGUUACACCGACCUAUCCACGACGAGAGCAGGCUGCUGAAAUUACCCGCCUUGGCCAAACGCUGAUGCAUGUUCCUCAUCUGCACUGGAUUGUGGCCGAUGAUACAGACAACUGCAAUCAAUUCCUCAAUCAACUGCUGAAGAAAUUCGGUAUACCUUACACGCACAUCGCCAGUCCAAUGCCAGAGUUUUAUCGCACAAAAAAGCUGGUCCCGAGAGGUGUUGCUAACCGACGUGCCGCGCUUUCGUGGAUACGUAACAAUAACAAGAAGACAGGUGUGCUCUAUUUUGGUGACGAUGAUAACACAUUCGACCUGAAACUUUUUAGUGAGAUACGAAGCACAAAGAAAGUGUCAAUGUUCCCGGUAGGAUUGAUCGGGGAUUAUGCCGUCAGUACACCAAUAGUGAAGAAUGGUAUGGUGCAGGGGUUUUUCGAUUCCUGGCCAGCAAAACGAAAGUGGCCCGUAGAUAUGGCUGGCUUCGCUGUAAGUUUAGACUACAUGGCUCGUAGUUCCAACGUGACAAUGCCAUACAAGGCAGGCUACGAAGAGGAUGAAUUUCUGAAAAGUAUCGGACUGAAAAUGCAAGAUAUCGAACCAAAAGCAAACAAUUGCACCGAAAUUCUCGUGUGGCACACGCAAACCAAGAAUAACAAACCGCCAAAGAUACGGAUCAGCAGCGGGGCGCUACAGAAUGAUAAAAUAAACUUAGGGGUACUUCUCAAACAGCUCGAGACGAUGGGAGUGAGCCAUAUCAGCCAGACUGAAGGCACAGCGGCGCAAAUAACAAAAGAUGGUAAAUCCAAAUCACUACUUUCGUGGUUCAGCUAAUUUAUCUUAUCUCAUCAAAACUUUGAACUACAAUGAUAUUGUUGCUACAAACCGCAACGAUGUUCGCGGCUGGCACAUAUAAUGUGAAUGGCGUCGGAUCAGAGCGAGUAAACCCACUUCUGGUUACAGUGACUCCUAAUGAAACCAGUUAGUUUAGUAUAGUCCAUCAUGUCGCACACAAUCACAGCAACAUAAGCUUACCAAUCAUCGACAGGGUAGUGGAAGGAAGAAUGAAAAACGCACUUUUUGAGAUUAUCACACAGAUCCGUUUGCGAACGACUAAAUGAUAGAUGAAAGACAUUCUAAGAUAAGUAUUAGAUCAUUAAAUUGUUUUAUUGACGGUUUGGAUUAUACUACGAUUGAAAGAAAAAACUUAAUUGAAAUGCUUUGUAUCUAGUUUCUAAUGAAAAUGCAGCACAAUUACAAGUUAUCUUCGACUUAAAUAGCUAGAUCGAAAGGUAGAAAGACAAAGGAGAAAGAGCCAUGCCAGCAUAUGUGUAACAGGGACAACCACUUGGUAUUGAAAACACUUCCACGUGUAAGAUUAUAGUUUUCAUUUAAUUCGCUGUGAUAUUAGUUUAGAUUUACCAGUACGUCCAAUUGAAUUUCGUUUAUUUGAAUUGAUAGAAUCAAUUAGUUUUGCUUUAGUUUGAUGUGACGUUUUAGUGUGAAUAUAAUAGUGGAAAUCAAUUUUCAUCCACUGACAAUAUAAUUAAUCAUCAUAAUGGUUACCUGAAACAAUCACCACUACACAAAGCUUCGUAGAGUGAAUGAUAAAUUAGUAAGCAUUACAACUAAACCGUUUUGCUAUUAUUCAGUCUGCCAGCCUCCAAACGAUUAGUUUCUGUGCCCACAAAAAAUUGACUUUGCGUAAAUGAUCAGAAAUUGGAACGAAACGGUUUCUUUAAUUGGUGCCAAUCAAGCAUGCAAAAUAUACGCUUUCUCUUGAAUCUACUCGUUAGGUUUAAUUAUUCACUGAAAGCAAGUAUGCUCUAUCAUUUGUAACACUUUGCUUAUUAGACGUUCAAUUCAAUGUCUCGAUCAAUCAUGAUAUUAUUCUGUGAACCUAGGUUUGUGCAUAGUUUUAUAAAGCAAAUAGAUCUGUUUCUUAGUAUAGAUACUAUCAAAUAAAACACGAAAGAAUAAAAUACAAAUGAAAUUACGAA